AUGACCUCUCACCAUAGCUUAACACCCUUCAACUCCGGCACUAUUCUGCCUGCAAAGCUCUCGAUUUCUUCAGCUUUGGUUUUGCUUCACAAUUAUCAAAAUAAGUGGCCAAGACAGGUUUAUGUUCAACAAGGUGAGGAGUCCAGUCCGGCGCUGCAACACCACAUUGUUCAACAAGGUGAGGAGUCCAGUCCGGCGCUGCAACACCACAUUGUUCAACAAGGUGAGGAGUCCAGUCCGGUGCUGCAACACCACAUUGUUCAACAAGGUGAGAAGUCCAGUCCGGUGCUGCAACACCACAUUGUUCAACAAGGUGAGGAGUCCAGUCCGGCGCUGCAACACCACAUUGUUCAACAAGGUGAGGAGUCCAGUCCGGCGCUGCAACACCACAUUGUUCAACAAGGUGAGGAGUCCAGUCCGGCGCUGCAACACCACAUUGUUCAACAAGGUGAGGAGUCCAGUCCGGCGCUGCAAUUGUUACAGCAACACCACAUUGUUCAACAAGGUGAGGAGUCCAGUCCGGCGCUGCAACACCACAUUGUUCAACAAGGUGAGGAGUCCAGUCCGGCGCUGCAACACCACAUUGUUCAACAAGGUGAGGAGUCCAGUCCGGCGCUGCAACACCACAUUGUUCAACAAGGUGAGGAGUCCAGUCCGGUGCUGCAACACCACAUUGUUCAACAAGGUGAGGAGUCCAGUCCGGUGCUGCAACACCACAUUGUUCAACAAGGUGAGGAGUCCAGUCCGGUGCUGCAACACCACAUUGUUCAACAAGGUGAGGAGUCCAGUCCGGUGCUGCAACACCACAUUGUUCAACAAGGUGAGGAGUCCAGUCCGGUGCUGCAACACCACAUUGUUCAACAAGGUGAGGAGUCCAGUCCGGUGCUGCAACACCACAUUGUUCAACAAGGUGAGGAGUCCAGUCCGGUGCUGCAACACCACAUUGUUCAACAAGGUGAGGAGUCCAGUCCGGUGCUGCAACACCACAUUGUUCAACAAGGUGAGGAGUCCAGUCCGGUGCUGCAACACCACAUUGUUCAACAAGGUGAGGAGUCCAGUCCGGUGCUGCAACACCACAUUGUUCAACAAGGUGAGGAGUCCAGUCCGGUGCUGCAACACCACAUUGUUCAACAAGGUGAGGAGUCCAGUCCGGUGCUGCAACACCACAUUGUUCAACAAGGUGAGGAGUCCAGUCCGGUGCUGCAACACCACAUUGUUCAACAAGGUGAGGAGUCCAGUCCGGUGCUGCAACACCACAUUGUUCAACAAG